AAAACUGGGCCUUAUCGUGUGGGCUUCAAAGGCCUAACGGGAAAUGUCAAAAUGAGCCCAGCAAACCCAGCAGAGAUUAAUGGGCUCUGUCUAGACCUAGCCACAUCGGUGGCUUCCUCUGGUAAACGAUCAUCAAGCACGGCCAAGUUUUCAUUUUCUUCCCUCCUCCGUCUUUCCUUCGGCCUCUCCUCCGGUUCCCCCGCAGCCGCCGCCUUGUUCUCCUCUUCUCGCCGCCGUUCCGCAGCGCGACUAGGCUCGCGCCCUUUGCAUCCUCCUCCCAGACUACUCGUGUUACAAUAGUAUUGUUACUGCUCCUGUCACGGCACUCCUGCUUCAGAAUUUACUGGCUGCCUCACACGCCAUGCACGCAGCAUGUUCGCGCAAUCGCCUGAGCGAGCUGCUUCGCUCCCGGAGCCAGAGGCACUGGCGGUGCCAAUGCCCGUACCAACUCUCGUCGGCUCGAGGCAUGACGCGCGGCCGCAGCGUGAAGGACCGGAGCAAGAAGAAGCGCGUGCACGCGCUCGAGGUGGCCACCGAGCGCUGGAAGGUGCUCUCCAAGGUGCUCGCCGUCGUCGACGCGCUCAAGAAGGAGGAGGAGCACGUCACCCCGCUCAAGCGCCUCGAGAUCCUGCGGCCGCAGCUCGGCCUCGUCAAGCCGCACAAGGUGGCCCACUUCGUGCGCCGGUCGCCGCACCUGUUCGAGGUCUGCCGCGACAGCCGCGGCGUCAUGUGGGCAGGCCUCUCGCCGCAGGCGGAGGCGCUCGUCGAGGAGGAAGCGCGCCUGCUGGAGGAGCACUCUCCUGUGGCCGCGCAGUACGUCACCAGGAUGCUCAUGUUGUCCGUGGACCGGCGGCUGCCAAUCGACAAGAUCGCCCACUUCCGGCGCGACAUGGGGCUUCCUCAUGACUUUCGGACACGGUGGGUGCACAUGUUUCCGGAGCAUUUCAGGCUGGUCAGAUUGGAGGAUGGUGAGUAUUUGGAGCUCGUCUCUUGGAACCCAGCCUGGGCAGUCACUGAGCUUGAGAAGAAGGCGUCUGUGUCGACUGGCGAUGCCAAUGCCAGUCCACCAGGAGAUCUCUCGCUUCCGUUCCCGAUGAAAUUCCCACCAAAUUUUACUAGUCACUACAGAUUUCGAGGAAAAGCUCAUCAUUAUGUGAAAACUGGCAAUACCGAGCAGUUUCAGAAGGUCACCUACCUGUCCCCUUAUGCAGAGGCAAAGGGAUUGACUCCUGGAUCACCAGAGUUUGAUAAGAGGGCAGUUGCAGUGAUGCAUGAGAUACUGAGCUUCAUGUUGGAAAAGAGGCUGGUGACCGAUCACCUUACGCAUUUCCGUCGUGAGUUUGUAAUGCCACAGAAGCUUAUGAGGUUACUCUUGAAGCAUUAUGGCAUCUUUUAUGUUUCUGAAGGGGGAAAGAGGUUGAGUGUGUUCUUAACUGAGGCAUAUGAUGGGACAGAACUGAUAGAGAAGUGUCCGUUGGUGCGGUGGAGGGAAAAGCUCCUUCAACUUACUGGUUACAGAGGGAGAUUUAAGAAUCUUGGUAAAUUUGACGUGUCUUCUGAUUCAGAUGAUUACUUAUUAGGCCGUGAUGAUGAUGAUGUAUUGGAUGUUGAAAGUGAAAAUUCAGAUUACAUCUUAGAUGGCUGUUCUCUUUCAGAUGAUUCUGAGAUGGAUUUAGGGGAUGCAGAUGAAUUUUGCAAAGACUGAGUUGGUGGCAAGCGUGUGCAACACAAAAGAAUAAAUAUUGUUUUUAGUUUGUUAAAAACAAAGUUUAGAAAUGACUGUUUGUCACUUUAAGCUCAGCAUAUAAUUGUAGACUGUACCCUAGCUGAUAUCUAUGGAGUUCCAAGUGACACGUUGAGGCAGGUUGGAUAUUUUCUGGUUACUCACAUUUGGACUUCCAAAUAUUAGUCAAAGCUCAAACAGAUCACAGUGA